GAGAGAGAGACACGGGGACAGAAACACGGGGAGAGAGACACGGGGAGUGAGACCUUUGUCACACUCAGAGAUGGAGCUCCACCGUGGGCCCCUCACCUUGUAUCCGUAGGGUUCACACGGCUCCGUCUGUGAGAUGGAGCUCCACCGUGGGCCCCUCACCUUGUAUCGGUAGGGUUCACGCGGCUCCGUCUGUGAGAUGGAGCUCCGCCGUGGGCCCCUCACUUUGUACCCGUAGGGUUCACGCGGCUCCGUCUGUGAGAUGGAGCUCCGCCGUGGGCCCCUCACUUUGUACCCGUAGGGUUCACACGGCUCCGUCUGUGAGAUGGAGCUCCGCCGUGGGCCCCCUCACCUUGUAACCGUAGGGUUCACACGGCUCCGUCUGUGAGAUGGAGCUCCACUGUGGGCCCCUCACCUUGUACCCGUAGGGUUCACACGGCUCCGUCUGUGAGAUGGAGCUCCACUGUGGGCCCCUCACCUUGUAUCCGUAGGGUUCACACGGCUCCGUCUGUGAGAUGGAGCUCCGCCGUGGGCCCCCUCACCUUGUACCCGUAGGGUUCACGCGGCUCCGUCUGUGAGAUGGAGCUCCACCGUGGGCCCCCUCACCUUGUACCCCUAGGGUUCACACGGCUCCGUCUGUGAGAUGGAGCUCCGCCGUGGGCCCCCUCACCUUGUACCCGUAGGGUUCACACGGCUCCGUCUGUGAGAUGGAGCUCCACUGUGGGCCGCUCACCUUGUACCCGUAGGGUUCACACGGCUCCGUCUGUGAGAUGGAGCUCCGCCGUGGGCCCCUCACCUUGUACCCGUAGGGUUCACGCGGCUCCGUCUGUGAGAUGGAGCUCCGCCGUGGGCCCCCUCACCUUGUACCCCUAGGGUUCACACGGCUCCGUCUGUGAGAUGGAGCUCCACCGUGGGCCCCCUCACCUUGUACCCGUAGGGUUCACGCGGCUCCGUCUGUGAGAUGGAGCUCCGCUGUGGGCCCUUCACCUUGUACCCGUAGGGUUCACGCGGCUCCGUCUGUGAGAUGGAGCUCCGCCGUGGGCCCCCUCACCUUGUACCCCUAGGGUUCACGCGGCUCCGUCUGUGAGAUGGAGCUCCGCCGUGGGCCCCCUCACCUUGUACCCCUAGGGUUCACGCGGCUCCGUCUGUGAGAUGGAGCUCCGCCGUGGGCCCCUCACCUUGUACCCGUAGGGGUCACGCGGCUCCGUCUGUGAGAUGGAGCUCCGCCGUGGGCCCCCUCACCUUGUACCCCUAGGGUUCACACGGCUCCGUCUGUGAGAUGGAGCUCCGCCGUGGGCCCCCUCAUCUUGUACCCCUAGGGUUCACACGGCUCCGUCUGUGAGAUGGAGCUCCGCCGUGGGCCCCCUCACCUUGUACCCGUAGGGUUCACGCGGCUCCGUCUGUGAGAUGGAGCUCCGCUGUGGGCCCUUCACCUUCACGUCGCACUUCGACUCCGGCAACCUCGCCCGGGUGGAGCUCGCCGGUUGCCAUGACGACAACGGCGGCAGCGGCGGCGGCGACGACCCCGGCGUGGGGGGUCGGGGCCUGGGGGGUGGGGGCGGAGCGGGGGGGGUGGGGGGCGGGGUGGGGGGCGGGGUGGGGGGCGGGGGGCUUCGUCCCGACUGGAGGUUCCGGCUUUGGACCCGGCCGGACUGCGCUGGCACCGAGUUUGAGAACUCCAACAGGACGUGGUUCCACUUUGGCGUGCGCGGCAGCGGCGGUGCCACCGCCACCGCUGCCACCACCACCGCUGCCACCACCGCUGCCACCACCACCGCUGCCACCACCACCGCUGCCACCACCGCUGCCACCACCGCCACCACCGCCCGCGACAAGCUGCUGCUGUGCUUCACGUUGGUGAACAUGAACCGCCAGAGCCGCCUCUACUCACAGGGAGCCACUCCGCUUGUCCGCACGGUGCCCGGCCAGCCGCACUGGGAGCCACUCGCACACAGGCCAACCUUCCGGGUGGACAACGGCGAGUUCACGCUGACGUUCCACCACCGCGUGGUGGACGCGGCCGAGUCCACCACCUACUUCGCCUUCUGCUACCCCUACUCGUACGAGCAGGGCCAGCAGCAGCUGCAGCUGCUGGACGAGCAGUUCAGGGACGCACGCAACCUCACCCCGGACAGCCCCCCAGACGCUGUGUUCUACCAGCGUGAGCUGCUGUGCCACUCGCUGUGUGGCCUCAGGGUGGACCUGCUGACAGUCACCGACUGCUGUGGCAUGGCGCCUGGCAGGGAGGAGAGGCCUCACGGCCUCUUCCCCUGCACGGCCGAGCCACGCCCGCCAUCGUUCCCGCACAAGAAGGUGUUCCUGCUCACCGCCCGUGUCCAUCCUGGUGAGACUCCGUCCAGCUUCGUGUUCCGCGGAUUCCUCGAGUUCAUCGUGCGGGAGCAAGAUCCUCGGGCGGCAGCGCUGAGACGGAGAUUCCUCUUCAAGCUGGUGCCCAUGUUGAACCCUGACGGGGUACAACGUGGACACUACAGGACGGACACACGCGGGGUCAACUUGAACCGUGUUUACUCCAACCCCAGCCCAACGCUCCACCCCUCCAUCUAUGCCGUGCACUCCCUGGCGCUGUAUCACCACACCGCUAACCGCCCGCGGCACAACCACAGUCACCGCGACAACCAGAGUCACCCCGACAACCAGAGUCACCGUGACAACCACAGUCACCGCGACAACCAGAGUCACCGCGACAACCAGAGUCACCCCGACAACCACAGUCACCCAGACCCAGCCACUCACAACCACAGUCACCCCGACAACCAGAGUCACCGUGACAACCACAGUCACCGUGACAACCAGAGUCACCCCGACCCAGCCACUCACAACCACAGUCACCGCGACAACCAGAGUCACCCCGACAACCAGAGUCACCGUGACAACCAGAGUCACCCCGACAACCAGAGUCACCGUGACAACCAGAGUCACCACGACAACCAGAGUCACCGUGACAACCACAGUCACCCAGACCCAGCCACUCACAACCACAGUCACCGUGACAACCACAGUCACCCUGACCCAGCCACUCACAACCACAGUCACCGUGACAACCACAGUCACCCAGACCCAGCCACUGACACCACCACCACCACCGCCACCACCGCCACCACCACCACCGACACCGUCAGCACCGUCGCUGCAGCGACUGCGGAGGAGCAGCGAGGCGACAGCAGUGGGCUGGCCUACUACGUGGACCUGCACGGCCAUGCGACGCGUCGAGGCUGCUUUGUCUACGGCAACGCUCUUGGUGACGAGGAGCGGCAGGUAGAGAACGUGCUGUACGCCCGCCUGCUGGAGCUCAACUGCCCCCACUUUGAGCUGUCUGCAUGCAACUUCUCGGCCAAGGGAAUGAGCGCCGUGGACAGCCGCGACGGGCAGAGCAAAGAGGGCAGUGGGAGAGUGUCCCUGCACAGAGCCACGGGCAUCACUCACUGCUACACGCUGGAGUGUAACUACAACACGGGGCGUAAGGUGGGGGUGCUGGCUCCGGUGGUGGGCGAUGGGGGGCGAGCUACCCCCCCCGCCCACUCGCCCACGGAGGGUGGGGGGCCAUCGGCACCCCCCCACUACACGCCGAGCAUCUACGAGCAGGUGGGCCGUGCUCUGGCCGUGGCGGUGCUGGACCAGGCCGGAGUGAACCCUUGGCCCCGGACGUCGCUGGCGGAGGCCGGGGACCUCGCGGGCCUCCGGGCCUGGGUUCGACACCAACUCCGCACCGGGCGUUUCGGCAGCGGCCACGCAAGGGGGCCGGCGGCGGCGGCGGCGGCGGCGGCAGGGGCAGCCACACGCAGAGGGCCCGGAGGGCCCACCGGCAACCCCACCGCCAAGAGCAGCAGCCUCACCACGUCCACGUCGGCCGGCCGGCUGUGCCGGAACAACAACAACAACAACAACGGCGGCGGCCUCCACGGCCACAACAACCACAACAACCACAACAACCACAACAACCACAGUAACCACAACAACAACGGCGGUGGCGGCGGCGGCGGCGGAUUUGGAUUCUCCGGCUCACCGCAGGGGCGUCUCCUCCCCCGUGGCUCGCCGGGGGCGGCGACGGGGAGCCUCAGGGGGAGCCUCAGGGGGAGCCUCAGGGGGGACACCGGGGGGAGCCUCAGGGGGAGUCUCACGGGGGACACCGGGGGGAGCCUCAGGGGGAGUCUCAAGGGGGACACCGGGGGGAGCCUCAGGGGGAGUCUCAAGGGGGACACCGGGGGGAGCCUCAGGGGGAGCCUCAGGGGGAGUCUCAAGGGGGACACCGUGGGGAGCCUCAGGGGGAGUCUCAGGGGGAGUCUCAAGGGGGACACCGUGGGGAGCUUCAGGGGGAGUCCCAGGGGGAGCCUCAGGGGGAGUCUCAAGGGGGACACCGGGGGGAGGCCAGGGGUCGACCCCAGGGGUAACGACAAGGUCUACCCCAGGGCUCCUCCUAGGGGGGAUCACGACCCCAGGGCUCCUCCUGGGGGGGAUCACGAGCCCAGGGGUAACGACAAGGUCUACCCCAGGGGUACCCCCAGAGGGGAUCACGAGCCCAGGGGUAACGACAAGGUCUACCCCAGGGGUACCCCCAGAGGGGAUCACGAGCCCAGGGGUAACGACAAGGUCUACCCCAGGGGGUAG